UGCUGUGACCGCGCGGCUGCAGCAUCCUCCGCGGCGGCUGCUUCUACAGGAAGCCUUUAGCCCUCGGCUCGCUUUGAAAAGAGGAAACAUGGCCGCCGCUGCUACUCUGCACUCCUUCAACGCCUUCCUCACGGAGAGGCUGACCGCCGCCGCCGUGGACAUCUACGGGUUCGUGGAAAAGACGGUGGUGGAGUACCAGGAGGAGGUCUACCGAACCCAGCUGGAGAACCAGAGGCUGCAGCGGAUGCUGGACCUGGUCUACCAGCCGGAGAUAAGGCUCCACAGGGCAGAUGCCAAAGCUCCGGUAACUACGUCCACAGAAGAAGCUACUGCUAAGCAGCAGGAGUUGAGCGUGGAGGAGCCAGGGGAGUCAGAGGUCAAAGAGGAGCAGAGCGAGGAGCAGAGCGAGGAGCAGAGCGAGGAGCUGUGGAGCAGCGGUGCGAAGGAGGAGGCGUCCAUGGAAGACAGCGACGACGACGGCGACGCCUUGACCAGAGAGCUGAUCAAAACCGUUCAGCAGCUGGAAGACUGCAGAGCGGCGGAGGAGAGCACAGGCUCCCAGCAGGUUUCUCCAGAGGAUCCCAAACUGCCGGAGGAAAAGACCACCACCACGCUGUACCGCUGCCACAUCUGCAACUACAUCUUCACCAAAAAGAUCGUGCUGACGUGGCACCUCAAGAUGCACGAGAGCAAAGCCAAAGACGGCAAGGGCAACUUCGACUGUCACAUCUGUGGCAAGCACAUCCCCUGCCAGAGCAACCUGCAGAACCACAUGAGGGUCCACACCGGGGAGCGGCCCUACAGCUGCCAUUACUGCGGGAAGGGCUUUAAGCUGAAGGGCCACAUGACCGAACACCUCAGGACUCACACCGGAGAGAAGCCCUUCAGCUGCCACGUCUGUGACAAAUCCUUCAACAGAGGCUCCACCCUGAGGAAACACGUGUUGGCGAAACACAAGGAGCAGCGGCCGUACCGCUGUGACUUUUGUUAUGAGUUAUUCACUGAGAAGCUGCUGAUGAAGAGACACAUCAGGAAGGUCCACAGUGUCAAAGCCCAGUCUCCCAGUCACAGCCAGGCCUAGACGCCCUGAAAUCUUUCACAAUGUUACCUUGAUGACUUUAACAAGGACUUUAACGUUUAUGUUGAAUGUUUUCUUAGCUUACAUGUGGACUUGUGAGCUACCUUAUGUUAUUAAACUAGAGGAAGUAGAGUUUUACGGUGGACACAGGGCCUGAGGACAACACAAAGAUUUUAUCGGUUAAGGAAUAAAGUCUGUCUCAGCUGCUAUUCACUGUCAAACCUGUUUGAAUAAAAAACAUUGUCUUCUGCUCUGGUAAGUCACUGCAUUGGAAACACAUUCACACCUGAUCGAUGUCUGCAAACCAGGAGAGGAGACCACUAAUGGUGCAGCUUUAUUCCAGCAUUAGUAAUUUCUUGUGGAGGAACAUUUUUUGCAAAAGCUGAGGGGAGACUGCUGGCAAAGAGGCCUGAGGUCAGGCAUGGAGAAGUUCUGUAAGCCAGGCGUGCAUCUGGUACCAGAACUCAUCAGAAACAGAAAGGAAGGACAGUCGGCAGAAUAAUGUCUGUAAAUGCAAAUAUUUUUCUUUUAUGCAAACCCAUUUUAUACUUUCCUAGAUUUUCCUGAAGGCUGUGUGAUAACUGAGUUGGGUUCUCUGAUGUAAUUACUAGUUAUUUGUACGGCAAACUUAAAAAAAAACAACCUGCGGUCGAAAAGCUACGAGCAGAAUCAGAAUGUCGGGUGUAGACAGUGGGAAAAUGUUCUUCUGUUUGAUUUCAGAGAAAUUAAAUCAUGUUUUAACAUUUUCUCUUCUGUUGCCUCUUUCUCCAGACAUUUCCAUCUUAAAGCUGCAGAGAGCGCCUCCCUCUGGGCAUUCAGACAUUACAAGUGAAGAGGCAACAUCUCACAGUGGUGUGCUUUUACACCUUGACAUCUGCUACCUGACUGUUCAAAACAAUGACAGGCCAACUCUGUAUGAAGCCUGUUCUGAGUCUUGUUUACACUUUUAAUUCUGCAGCUGAUCUGGCUAACGCUCCGCUGACUUGUGAAGCUGGCGCCCCCUACAGGUCAGCUGACACAGGGCUUUGACUACCUCCGUUGGGGAGUCAGAGGCAGGUUUGACCUUGACCCCUUGCCACAUUGAUCCUUUACAGAAUACUUCAGCUGCAACCUCUAACCUUUACAGGAGCUGUGCUCCUCCUGGACUCCAGGUCAGAUUGCAGCCUGUUGGACCUCCUGCCCUCAGAGACCACGGUCCAUGUGGACCAGAACGUCCUGCCACAAGAAAAGUUUCUUUCCCUCUGGCAUUAGACUGAUAAACAAUAGUUAAUUGUCUCUGGUAUAACACAGGACACAUCCACCAGCUACUCUGCAUGUGGAUGCAUAAUGCAUAUAUAUCUAUAUCCUCACCGUCUUGCCGUCAUUUCCGAACAGCACCAGACCAGCCUUGGUGACGAUGCCGGGCUGGCUGGCUCCAGGAAUAUCCAGAGGCUGGCCAUUGGCCACAGUGCCAUUGUCCACCAAAGUCGAGCCAAAGAAAGUCACUUUCUGUAGAGAGAGAGAGAAGGAGAGAGAGAGAGAAAGAUGGCUCAGUAUUGCAGCGAAAUAGUGGAAACUUCUUCCUGAACUAAACAUUUCAGGUGAAGAUGUUUGCUCUUUUGAAUGCAUGAGCAUGUCAGCUAUUAACUUGACAAGACAAGAUGUUUCCUGAUGUGGAAAAUGAAUGGAAGUCUGUCUGUGGAAUAAAGUGUGUCCUGAUGUGCUAGGGUGAGAACAAACCCAGGGCCUGUGAGGCUCUUGUGUUACCUCUCCGUCGACCUCUGCCCAGGCCCCUGGCACUUUGUCGUUUCCUCUGAUCCAGUUGUGAAUGGCCUCCGCCGACUGGUUCCAGUCAAUCUAUCAACACAGAGAGCAGCUGUGCCUAAGGGAAGGAUUGUUAUCUUUGAACACUUUUUAUAAUGUUCCUAUAACGACAGUUUUCGCCAACGAACAAAGACUGUCCUUAUAGGCGACGUUGGCAAAUGCGACUUCAUUGUUGUUGAUGUGUGACAUGCAUCAUGAUUCUGUACCAAAAAAAAGUCAGACAUGGUAAAGUUGGAUGUAAGCAAUUGCUGUAAAUAAUGAUUAUGGACUUAUGGAAGACAUCUGUGUCAGUGAAGUGUCAGUCCAAACAGUUCUCCAAGAAGCUGCAGUCAACGCUCCACAAAAUGCCAUUGCUGAUAGUUCUUUUUAUCAGUUUCCUUUGUGUUAUGACGAUACUGUUGAUUCCCGUUGCUGAAUAAAUUUUAAAAUUGA